CUGUAUACACCACCCUUAACGAUAUGUCUGAAAAUCUAGAUGGUGAGUUCAAACCGUCGCUUCAGUCUGAUGCCUCAUCUUUGUUUCAACUUAUUGACAGGUUUGAUUUCGUCGUUGCUUUAGUUAUCACGAGAAAUAUUCUUGAUUCAACUCUUCCAGUAACACAGUUAUUACAGGGUAAGAGUAUCGAUAUAAUGGAUGGUAUUCAUUUAAUUUCAACUUUGAAAACUGAGGUGGUGAACAUGAGGAAUUCCUCUGAUUUUUAUCAUGACACCUGGUAUGACGAAGCGCUUGAACUGGCAGCAAAAGUUGGCAUUGAAGAAUGGAAACCAAGAACAGUGCGCAAACAAACGACCAGGGAAAAUAUUCCCCACACAACCAUUUCUGAGUAUUAUAAACGUGCAAUUACUCUUCCUCUACUAGAUCAUUUGCAAUCUUCUUUAGAAUCACGAUUCGACCUUGAGAGUGUGAAUGUCUAUAAAGGCCUUAGCAUUGUACCGACGAAAAUGAUGUCCAUGACAAGAGAUGGGGUGGAUUGGAAAGAGCCAUUCAAAACUGUGGCUAACUUUUAUUAUGAUGAUUUGCCAAAUCCUUUGGCCUUAGAUGCUGAACUUAGGUUGUGGUACACUUAUUGGGAGACCCACUGCGGCCUCCUUCCUGAUAACAUUGCCCAGACUUUAAAAUCUGUUCAUUUCGCCGGAUUUGAAAACAUUAAAAUUUUACUACGUAUUUUAGGAACGCUCCCCAUUACCUCUUGUGAAUGUGAACGAUCUAUUUCUUCCCUUAGGACACUUAAAAACUAUCAGCGAAGUACCAUGGUUGGGGAACGCUUAAAUGGUUUGGCCUUGAUGCAAAUUCAUCAGGAAAUUGUACCAGAUAUUGGUGUGUAGGCGAACUUCUGGCGCCAUAACCAGUCUGCUUAAUUCGGCUCUCACAGGGCUGUCCAUGCCGGAUCACGAUUUUUUGUUUUGCGUUAAAGUGUUCCUAGGCAUGCUGAUGAGCCCUGAUAUGGGGCGAAACAGUCUUGUGUGCAUUCAAUAUUCUGAAUAGUGAAAAUCAACGACCUUGUGAUAUGUAAGUAUAAAUAUACAAUGUUUUUAUGUAUUUAUACGAUUGAGAUCUACAAGAUUCUGCAUAGCUGAAUGAUUAGACUGUUUGAUUUAAGCAAUUUAUCGAAAGCUUAAAUAGUGUAGUAUGUUUUGCAAAGUAUGACGUCAUAGGUUUAGCACUGAAUGACGUCAUAAUGUUUUGCCUAUGGUAUCCAAAAUCCUAGAUCC